AUGCUGGGCACCAUGAAGUGGUGGGUCCUGGUCUUGGUUAUUCUGCAAUUGACAGAGGGAGUGGAGAGGGUCAUUCUGAAGAGAGGGAAAUCCAUUCGGGAAAAUAUGAAGGAGAAAGGAGUGCUUGAGAAAUUUAUGAAGAAAUACCAUAUGGAUCCUGUGCUUAAGUACCGCUUCGAUGAAUACAAUGUUGCUUAUGAACCAGUAACAAAUUAUUUGAAUGGAUAUUACUUUGGAGAGAUCAGUAUUGGAACUCCACCACAGAACUUUCUGGUUUUAAUGGACUCUGGUUCUUCCAAUCUCUGGGUACCCUCUGUGUAUUGUAGUACAGCAGCCUGUGGUAACCACCAUAGGUUCAACCCUAGUGCCUCUUCCACAUACUCUAACAAUGGACAGACCUAUACUUUGUAUUAUGGGGCUGGCGACUUAAGCAUCAUGCUAGGCUACGAUACUGUGCAAGUCCAGAAUAUAGUUGUUACCAACCAGGAAUUUGGCCUGAGUGAGAACGAACCAACCACUCCCUUCUAUUAUGCCGAUUUUGAUGGGAUUAUGGGGAUGGCUUAUCCGCCUCUAGCUGUAGGGGGUGGAGCCACACUCAUGCAGCAAAUGCUAGAACAAGGACAGCUUUCUGAACCUGUCUUCAGCUUCUAUUUUUCACGACAACCAACUGUUCAGUAUGGAGGGGAACUGAUCUUGGGAGGAGUUGAUAAUCAGUUGUACUCUGGGGAAAUUUCCUGGACCCCUGUCACUCGUGAGGUUUACUGGCAAAUUGGUAUUGAAGAGUUUGCCAUUGGAAAUGAGGCUACGGGCUGGUGCAGUGAUGGCUGCCAGGCCAUUGUUGAUACUGGAACUACUCAGAUCACAAUCCCAAAGCAAUACUUAGGCACCUUCUUGCAGGCUGUGGGAGCUGAAGAUUACAAUGGUGAGUUUUUGGUGAAUUGCAACAAUGUCCAGAACAUGCCCACCAUCACCUUUGUCAUUAAUGGCUCCGAGUUCCCACUGCCUCCUUCUGCUUAUGUCUCCAAUAAUGAUGGGACCUGUAUUGUUGUAGUUGAGCCUACAUAUUUGCCUUCCCCGAAUGGAGAGCCAUUAUGGAUCCUGGGUGAUGUCUUCCUUCGGGAGUAUUAUUCCGUCUUUGACAUGGCCAACAACCGGGUGGGCUUUGCGCCCUCAGCAUAAGCAGGGCAAUGCCCAAUUUUUCCCUUAAUGUUGCU